GAGCGGCUGUGGCGGGGCUGAGAGCAGCAGCCAGGGGGAGGGGACAGAGGCGGUAGCAGCAGCCCCAGCAGCAGCAGCAGAGGCUUGCCGUUGAGGAAGAGCACAGCAGGAGCAUCAGCAGGAGCGGCGGCGCAGGAGGAGGAGAGGAGGGGGAAGGAGAGGACAGGGACCGGCCCUCACUAUGGCUAUCCGAAAGAAAAGCACCAAGAACCCUCCCGUCCUGAGCCACGAAUUCAUCCUGCAGAAUCACGCCGACAUCGUCUCCUGUGUGGCCAUGGUCUUCCUGGUGGGGCUCAUGUUCGAGAUUACAACAAAAGCAGCAGUUAUUUUUGUUACUCUUCAAUACAAUGUUACCAUUCCAGCCACAGAAGACCGUGCAACUGAAACCCUUUCUUUCUAUUACUAUGGCAUCAAAGAUUUGGCUACCGUUUUCUUCUACAUGCUGGUAGCAAUAAUUAUUCAUGCCAUAAUUCAGGAAUACAUCUUAGAUAAAAUUAACAGGCGAAUGCACUUCUCCAAAACGAAACACAGCAAGUUUAAUGAAUCUGGUCAACUUAGUGCAUUCUACCUUUUUUCAUGUAUUUGGGGUACAAGCAUUCUAGUGUCUGAGAACUUCAUCUCAGAUCCAGCUAUACUGUGGAAGUCCUACCCCCUUACCAUGAUGACAUUUCAAAUGAAGUUUUUCUACAUAUCACAGCUGGCUUACUGGUUUCAUGCUUUUCCUGAGCUCUACUUCCAGAAAACCAAAAAAGAAGAUAUUCCACGACAACUUGUCUACAUUGGUCUUUACCUCUUUCACAUUGGUGGAGCUUAUCUUUUGAACUUGAACCAUCUGGGACUUGUUCUUUUGGUGCUGCAUUACUUUGUUGAGUUUCUGUUCCAUAUUUCCAGACUGUUUUAUUUUAGUGAUGAAAAAUAUCAGAAAGGAUUUUCUUUGUGGGCAGUUCUAUUUGUUUUGGGAAGACUUCUGACUUUGAUUCUCUCUGUAUUAACUGUUGGCUUUGGCCUAGCAAGAGCAGAAAAUCAGAAGCUGGAUUUCAGUACUGGAAACUUCAAUGUGUUGCCUGUCAGAAUUGCUGUUCUUGCAUCAAUCUGCAUUACUCAGGCAUUCAUGAUGUGGAAGUUCAUUAAUUUUCAGCUUCGAAGGUGGAGGGAACAUUCUUCUUCUCAGCCUCAGAUUGUGAAAAAGAAAUCUGCAGUAACUAAAGGCAGGUCUUCUAGAAAAGAAAAAGAAAAUGGCGUAAAUGGAACAGUAACUUCGAAUAGCGCUGACUCCCCCCGUAACAGGAAAGAGAAAUCCUCAUAACUGAAUUUUAUCAAAUUAAAUGACUAAUGUCCCCAAAGAAAUCUGCUUUUUACAAUAAGGAGUUCUUCAGCACUAGACAUCAUUCUGAUCCUAAAAAUACAGUUCCUGCUCUUUGAUUCUUGCUAUUCUUGUAUGAUUUCACGCAUCUUUUUUUAUGGGCAGUCGUGGGGGGAGGGUGAUUUCUGUGAGGGAGAGAAACAUUUUGGCUUAGACUAAGCUACCUAUCUUUGGAAUAAUCAAGGGACCAUCACACCUUUUUUGUUUUUUUGUUUGUUUUUGUCUUUUUUUAAACUUUUUUUGUAAUAAUUGGGAAUAGUUAGUUAUUUAAAUUUCACAUCUUAAAGAUCAGUGAUUCGAUUUAAUGUUCCCACCUAUAUUUUUAUGAUCUUGGCAAAUAUCCAGUUCCAACAAAAUCUUUUUUUUUUUUUUUUUCAGUUCUCUUUCAAGAUCAAUAUGAAAGUAGCAUAAAGUUGGAAGUCAAACUUUAAAUAUGUUUUAAAUAGUCUCUGAAUUUUAGAAGUAUUAUUUUUAGUAGAAUUACAACUGGAAACCUGAUUUUUCAAACCACCAAAAUAAUUGUGUGCUUUAUUUUGUAGUUAGUUGUUGUCAGUGUUGCAUACUGAUAGAUGGAAAAAAGAAAAACACACCUCUUCAAGGUUGAAGUAUUUCAAAGGCAUAUUGCCUAUAUUGAAUUGCAAUUUCUUGUAUAAAUAUGAAAAUACUCAUAAUAAAAGUCUUUAAAAGUGUGUCAAAAACACUUACAGACUGGAAAAUAGAAUAUUAAGUGUACACUGUAGAAAGCAAAAUCAGAUUUAUGCAGCCCUUUUAAUAAAUAAGUUUAUCAAAAAUUACUCAGUAGGGCUUGUCUUAAGUUCAAUGUGUACAGUGACCUAGAACAAUGCUUCUUUGGUGUGCAAACCCUCUUGGAAAAUAACACUGUCUACUUGAUCAAUAUAUUUGAACAGAAUGUCAUAUUUACAUCUAGAAUAUGUAUUAUGUGCACUAAUUCAAAAAGGAAUUGAAAGUUCAGGUGGAUGAGCAGUCUUAGGAAAGACAAUGCUUUAUGUUAUAACUAUAGCUUUGGUUCCAUCAUUAAUUGAGAAACAUUUAUCUGUAUAAAACAUAUUUUUGGAUAAAAAAUAUAUAUAUAUAUAUAUUUGUAUCUUUACAGAAAGGCUAUAAAAGCAUUUGAGUAAAAUAUUUGGUUCCCUUUUCUAUAAUCAUCCUUUGAAAUCCUUAUAGUUGUAUUUGAGUUGUCUUUGUCUUUCCCAUGCAUAUAUUGUUCCUUCAUUGUUCAUAUCUUGUCCCUGUUUCUUAUUUUUAUCAGAAAAAAGUUAAAUGUUUGUGCCUUUUUGUGUAAAAUUUGCAGACAAAAAUGCUUUCAUUCCUUGACCACCCUGUUAAAAGAGGUCUGCAGUUAAAGUGGCCAUGCUGCUAAUAAUGUCAUGCUUUCAAUUUUUCACAACUAUUGACCCACUUCUAAGGAAAGGGGUCGCCCUUUGUAGCAUUAUGGAGUUUAGGGGAACUAGAUUGUUCCAGUUACAAACUGUCAUCAGGUUGAACUAUAUGUUGAGAAACCCAGUUAAAAUAAAGACAUUUUUACUUUCA